ACUGCUACAAUACAAAUCGUGACGCCUGUUUUUCUGCUGACGUGAGCAUGAUUUCUUGUCCGGUGUAUUAAUAAAUCUUUAGAGAAACCGUGACGAUGUUACCGAGUCUUUAAUUCAGAGAAGGGCUCUGCGGUAACACGACGUCUUCUGAUGAAAUCGUAUGAGACCACCAAUUUGUGUUGAACGACUGCACAAAAUGUUUACUUUCAAUCAGCUUGACAUUAGUCAAGUCUUCAAGCAGAGGUGCUUGGGACUUGAAAAGGCAGCACACGGGAGGAGGUUCCCAAAACGACAAUGUAUCUACAGAGCAAUGCUACAACCCAACAAGAUCCGUCCAACAUCAAGAAAUAAGGACCACCAAAAGUCAAUAAAAUGUACUGAAAAAAAACUGAUCUCUCCACCAAUAAAUCCUCUUCAGAAAACUGAAUAUGGGUUAAUUUGCCAAAGGAUAAGCUGCCCACAAAAUCAUAUGCAUCAACAAGGAUUCUCCAAACCUUCCAUUCAGACAUUCAGAACAACCAUCAAGAACAAAAUUUUCACUUUCAACUUACCAAGUAUGACAUGUGAAAGUAUUCUUAAAGAUAAUAAAAGAUAUUUGACACCAUAUGAGCAAAUUGAAAUUAAAGAGUACAGAAAAGUCUGGUACGUAGGUAAAAAGGACACUAAACUUCGUACACAAACCACAUCUGAGGAGGCCAGGUCAUUUGAUGAUGACCAAGGAUUCUACAAAUCAAGGAUUGGCGACCACUUGGCCUACCGUUUCGAAAUAUUGAGGGUGAUAGGAUCAGGAUUUGCUGGAAAAGUCCUCAAGUGUAAGGACCACAAGACAACAAUGGUGGUGGCAGUCAAGGUCUUUCGAAACACAACUGAGGGACAGGGGUUUGCAGAGGCGGAACUAAAAGUUUUAAAGACCCUGCAAAAGUUAGACAAGAGCAACAAAGCUAAUAUUGUUCACAUGAAGGAGUAUUUUUACUUCCGCAACCAUCUGUGCAUCACCUUUGACCUCUUUGAAAAGGAUCUCUUUAAAGCCUUAAUGCAGAGCAAAAUGCGAAGACUCCAUGACGGGGAGAUGAGAAAAUAUGCCACAGAUGUGCUUAAGUGUCUUCUAGUUCUUAAAGGCAUGAAGAUUGUUCAUGGUGACCUGAAACCUGAAAACAUUCUAUUAGACAAGGAAAACAAUGCUGCAGUGAGCGAUUUUGGAGGCUGCAUUUUUUUGAAAGACAAUGAUAGACCAACGAUUUACACUCUACCAUACAUGUCUCCAGAACUACUCCUCGGCAAAACUUCUACCCCAGCGACUGACAUGUGGAGCCUCGGCUGUAUGCUGGCUGAACUCGACAGAGGCUACGCUCUCUUUGGUGGCCAUACCAAAGCAGACAUGUUCUAUUCCAUCACAAGAGUUCUUGGCCUCCCACCAAUAGAAAUACAGGUUGAAGCAAAUGAAAAAAAAUUCCGCAUAGGCAGCCCGGACAUUGAAUCCUCAAAACUGCAUAAAAAUACACUGGCCAUGAGGAUAAGGUCAAGCAAUCCAAAGUUUCUGGAUUUCAUUUCGUACUGCUUGGAAUAUGAUGCAAAGAAGCGUCUAACACCAGAACAGGCUUUGCGUCAUCCUUGGAUCCUGAACACAGAUGCGCCAAAACCAAUCAAGACAACUAUUAAAAUGAGUGUCAAAGCAGCCAAAACCAGCUUACUAAAGAGAGACAAAAUGGCACCACCCCUGUUGCAGCCAUUGGUACUGCAUAAAUAAUGACCCUGAACCCUUGGACAUUGUGAUUACACACUACAUGGGUAUAUCAUAACACCAAACUUAGCUGAGGCAGUAGCAGAGUUUAGAGAAGCAAUGGGAGCAACUCGGAGAGGCCCAAGAACUGCUACUGUAGUUUGCAGAGCCAUGCUUCUAAUGACUCCCAAGGCUCUACACACUUACCCAAGAGAAUACCUGAAUUGAUUCAAAGAAUGUUUACACCUCUGCCCAACAAAUGUAUACUUGAGAACAUGGCACAACGAAGGCAAACAACAGUGGGCUGAUCUUCAUAAACUCAUUGCCAAAAUAACAGGAAGCCAGCUCCAAGUCCAUUGCACAUUUCUCCAUCAAGUGCAGCUUAAACCAAGAGUCCUUUGACAGAUGAGACUUUGUGACACUACUACCUGAGCCAUGGCACUCUGUGCCCACUGAAUUACUUCACGGGUAGUUGCAUAUAAUAAUGAUGCAGAGCUAAUGUGACGUGGGAAGGUAUUGAGAGGUCUGCUCAGUGAUAAGAAAAGACCUCAGCCUUGGCAUGUUUGUGCUCACAGUCAUCAAAUACACAUCUGGAACUGUCACUGAAAUUGAAAGUUGUUGCUGGUGUUACCGCAAGAAACGUGGCAAUGGACAAAAGCUCCCACCAGGGUUGAGCACUUUGAAGACAAACGUGUGCCAGCCACAACAGUGGACGCAUCCAAGAAUAAUCGGAUGACCAUGCACAGGAUAAACUGCAUAGGUAGUGUACCUGUUAGAAUUUACUUUGGAGGUAAAUGGUAAAUCCCCUUUUGUAAUGGUUUACUUUUUGAUUAGUUGGUGUAUUGUUUUUGGACAUGUGUCCCGAGAAGAAUUGCCUUUAAAAAAUAAAAAAACAAUUCAAGACAAAAGUCAGUUUAAAAAUCAAAAGGAUGGAUUAAAUUUUGGUUACUUUUUCACAACAUGGCUCUGGUAUUGUUCCAAUUUUGACUCUUCCACAAUCCUGCAGAUUGAGCUCUAGCUGCUACCUUCCAGCAGAAGAGCCAGAUAUUUCAGCAUGAAACAUAACUACUGCCAAUAUAGUUUAUAACACUGUCAGAACCAACUGCUAGAGACAAAUUCCUUGUGAGUUGUUAGAUACUUUGCCAUUAAAGCUGAUUUUUAUUCUGAUUCUGAUUGAUUUGAUAUUUACCUCAGGAGUAAAGCAAAAACAAAUCUUAAUUUAUUUCUAUAGUGCAGUUCAUAAAAAAGUA